ACAAGCAAGAAAAACUAUUUUUUUUUUAAAGAUGCAAGAUUUUUUAUAGAUUGUAGUUGCUAACUUAAUAUGUUGUGCUAAUGCUUAUAAAAUAUAACGCUGUAGUUUCUUUUAAUUUAACAGUGUUAUGUUAAUUAACUGUUUAAGUUAACAUUUUUAACGACGAGACCAACUCUGCUAUUGCUUCUGCUUUCGCAAAGCGACUGUCAACAUCGUGCGAGGUGUCACGUCAUGUUAAUUCGUACAAGAUAAAGAUACCACAACCUACAAGUAGUUGUCACCCAUAAGCCAAGAGUUACACUUUCUAGACUAGAUUGUAAAAUACGUAUUUACUAAGUAAAUCUUACUUUCACAUCAUGUCUUCGGUACAUAUUUUCAACGUUGAGAUGACUUGUGAAGGUUGUUCUGGAGCAGUGGAAAGAGUUCUUAAUAGAUUAAAAGGUCAAGGAGUUGAAGAUUUUAACGUAAGUUUACCUGAGCAGAAAGUAACAGUCACUGCAACCUUGUCAUCUGAUCAGCUUCUGGAAGUUAUUAGCAAAACCGGCAAAAAAACAAUGUAUAUUGGAAAACAGUGAUACUGAUUUUUGUUGAGAGAAUAAAAAUCAUUGAUAUACUAUAUUUUAUGUGAAUUUUAUACAAUUGUGAUUUUUGAGUAGAUUAUUACAGUUUACCAUUUGAUGUUGACAUAUUGAGAGUAUAAUUUAUUUUAAUGUAAGUGAAAAUGAAUUGUUCAUAUUUAACUUUGAAAUUAAAACAAGAUUUUUUUCAAAUUAUUAAUUA